AUGUUCGGCUGGACACGGCGCUUCUCCACCGCCACAUCUUUCCUCAAAACCACCACAAUGGCCAUUUCCUCCCGCCAGCAGCACACCUUCCAAGUCUUCCGCGAUGUGCCCCCACUUCGCAAGCUGCGUCGAGAGCUCCUCCUCUCCAACAGGACCGUCGGUCUCGUCCCGACCAUGGGUGCUCUCCACGAAGGUCAUCUCUCCCUCAUCCGACAAGCCGCGGCCGAGAACACCGACGUCUUCGUCAGCAUCUACGUUAACCCGACACAGUUCGGUGUAACGGAAGACCUCUCCAGCUACCCGCGCACUUGGGACAGUGAUGUUGCGAAGCUAGAGGAAUUGAAUGCGGAGCUGGCCCGCCAGAACACCAACAGCGGUCGCAUCACCGCCAUUCUGGCGCCUACCUCCAAGGUCAUGUACCCGACGCUGCCGCCUUCGUCCGAUAUCGACGGCGACGGAUCCUUCGUGACCAUCACCCCUCUCUCCCGGAAGCUGGAGGGAGCUUCUCGGCCGGUUUUCUUCCGUGGAGUUGCGACUGUCUGCAUGAAGCUGUUCAACAUUGUUCAUGCCGACCGGGCUUAUUUUGGUCAGAAGGACGUGCAGCAAACCGUGGUCAUCAAGCGUCUCGUGAAGGACUUCUACAUCGACACGGAGAUCAAGAUCGGGGACACUGUUCGUGAACACGAUGGCUUGGCAAUGAGUUCGAGGAACGUUUACCUUGGCAAGAGAAGACGGGCAGUGGGUCUGGUCCUCUACGAAGCCAUGAAGGCGGCGGAGAAUGCCUACAACGCCGGCAAGGUCAACCGCAGUGAAAUCCUUGACGCAGCGAACAGCGUCACCGAACGGGUUCUGUCUGAGCAGAAGGCCUUGGCGCCCACGGAGAGGGCUCUGUAUGAGGUUGACUACAUCUCUCUGGCUGAUCCGGAUACUCUGGACGAGCUGGAGGUUGUCGACCCCGCUAAGGGCGCCAUUCUGAGUGGCGCGGUGAAGAUGGCUCCGCUGGAGGAGGCGAAGCCGGGCGAGGACUGCGGCCUCGGUGAUGGCCAAGUUCCUGUGCGUUUGAUCGACAACUUGAUCUUCAAGCCGCGGGUAUAA